UUUCAGCGGCAGACGUCCCAGCCAUCGGAAGCUCAGUGCUGCAGUAAGAGCCACUCUCCUAGAACACCGACCGCCAUCAUGACCGACGCAGCAAUCUCCUUCGCCAAGGACUUCUUGGCCGGCGGUGUGGCCGCUGCUAUCUCCAAGACCGCUGUAGCGCCCAUUGAACGAGUCAAGCUUCUGCUUCAAGUCCAACAUGCAAGCAAACAAAUCACAGCUGAGAUGCAAUACAAAGGAAUCAUGGACUGCGUUGUCCGUAUCCCCAAAGAACAAGGUUUCAUUUCUUUUUGGCGUGGUAACCUUGCCAAUGUGAUCAGGUAUUUCCCAACCCAGGCCCUCAACUUUGCCUUCAAAGACAAGUACAAGAAGGUCUUCCUUGAUAAUGUUGACAAGAGGACCCAGUUCUGGCGUUACUUUGCUGGAAACCUGGCAUCUGGUGGAGCUGCUGGAGCCACCUCCUUGUGCUUCGUCUACCCACUUGACUUUGCUCGUACCCGUCUAGCUGCUGAUGUUGGAAAGGCCGGCGCUGGCAGGGAAUUCAGUGGUCUUGGUGAUUGCCUUGCCAAGAUUUUCAAAUCCGAUGGGCUUAAAGGUCUCUACCAAGGUUUCAACGUGUCUGUCCAGGGAAUCAUCAUUUACAGAGCUGCUUAUUUUGGAAUCUAUGACACAGCUAAAGGUAUGCUUCCAGAUCCCAAGAACACACACAUAUUCGUCAGCUGGAUGAUUGCUCAGUCAGUAACAGCAGUGGCAGGCUUUGCCUCUUACCCAUUUGACACAGUCCGUCGUCGUAUGAUGAUGCAGUCUGGAAGGAAAGGAGCUGAGAUCAUGUACAGUGGCACAAUUGACUGCUGGAAGAAGAUUGCAAAAGAUGAGGGUGGCAGAGCUUUCUUCAAGGGUGCCUGGUCCAACGUGCUCAGAGGCAUGGGUGGUGCUUUUGUCUUGGUCUUGUACGAUGAGCUCAAGAAAGUCAUCUAAGUUUAUCCUUGUUCAGAUGUCUGUGACCUGGCAUGCUGUAUUAUGUAACAUACCCUGAAUGUUCUGGACUUUCUAUAUUUUUUUGUCAAGCACACCUUUUAUUUAUGAAAUGUAACUGGUAACUUUACUGGUUGAUAUUUGGGGAAACAAGUUUAUUCCAUUUCACCAGCUUUACACAUUAACAUAAAUCAUUCCCUUUAUACCCACUUACUACCAGUGGGGCCUGCAUUUGUAGUGCACAUCUGAUAGGUGGGCUUACCUGAUGGGACUCAAUUCAACGUUUUCUUUAUUUUUUAUUUCGGUCAUUCAUGUUUUUAAAUAACCUAGGUUGGAGGAAAUAAAAAAUAUGGAUCUA